UUCAACCUGUGAGUGGUCAAACCCUUGAAGUGGGAUGAUUUUUUAGGAAAUAUUUUAUCUGAGGGAUGUCUCAGGGGGCCAGCGAUGGGGUGCUUCACAACACACAAGUUACUAUUUUAGGGGGGUAGCAUCACCGAAUUGGUAUUUGAGGUAGAAAGAAUUUGCCUUUUCCAGGGAUGUGCGAUGAUUCCAUAGAAUAUUAGGGAAUCUAGCCAAACCUUCGACAAGACUCAGUGCACAGGCUCAUUUUGAAUUGUGGCAGCAACGAUUGCGAAGACGAGGAUUUCCAUUGAACUUGGUCUUCCCCUGAACCUUGACAAGCACUGGAUAUGUGGCUAUAUCUCGUAUGGCCAGCUUCUGCGACGACUGCAAGGACUGGGCUUGCUCAUGGACGUCUCGCCCUAAGAAAAAUUCCUUAGAUCUCUCGCAUCGCAAGAGAUUUAAGAUCUAUUCUAGGUGCGGAGCAGAAUUAUCGUAGAACUUUGAUCUGAUUCAAGGAGCUGGUGGUCUGAGAACUGACGAUUUUCUGAGGAAUUUUCAAAAAACUUAGGGUGCGACAAAUCUUUGAACUCAUGCACACAGCAGGCUAUGAUUUUAGAACUCUGUGAGACAAGUUGAUCAAUCGUCAGACCUCACAGUGACUUGUAUGAUCAAUGCGGGGCUUAUCCACGAUCGAUAUGGAGAAAGGUUACCAUGGAAGUGAAGUACAUAGCGACGCAAAAGCGAGUAGUUUUCCAUUGGACUUGGGUGCCAUGUUAGAUGGUACAGAGAGCCCAUUGCAAAAGCAAGUAUACGAAUAUUUUCAGGAUCCCUUGUCAUUCCCAGAAAGUAUCGGCCAAGCUCAAGGGGAAGACGGUUUCUCAAAUGCUUUUCCUCCUUACUUGACGUGUUCCUCCCCACUCGAAGCCGGCCAAUCGUCUUUUCAGUCUAUGCAUGUAGAAAUAAUCCAAGCUGCUGCCACAAAUGUACUGAGGCGAAGAGAACCUAAUGGUUUCCUACAUGACAAUGGCCGCGACGAGACCCAGAUUACACAAUACACUUCGAACACCGAGACUCGAACAUCUACUGUAACGCAAUUUACAACCAACGGGUCAUCUGCACAGGGUCAAAUGCAGUUACGGUCAACAAAUCGGAACUGCCUUCCUCAUCAACGGCUUUACAGCGCGGAUCAUAAACCAGGCAAUGACAUUGAAUCUAAAUUCUUCCAUGCUCCAGCGCCACCCAAGUUGGUUCACAGCAGUAAACCAGCUAAUUCGCAUGUUUCCGGGGAAAACUCAGAUUACGAAACUUCCUGCUCUCCGAAUGCUCAGAAGACCACGGGCCGCGAGUUGUUGAGCCCUCAAUUACGUACUGUCAGAAGUCAUAAGUCCCAAAGGAUUGGUUGUGAACAACGGAUGAAGUCCAAGCGCUUAACUGAUCAGGCUGAACAUAUUCUCAGAGAGAGACAACGAAGAGACGAUAUGAGCAAUAAAUUUCUCAUGCUGGAGUCCUUAUUGCCUCCGGGGCCUAAGCGUGACAGGUCCACCAUCGUCGACCACUCGGUUGCAUAUGUAAAGAGCCUUCAUGAGUGCAUCAAGAAUUUACAAGAGAAGCGCUUGGAGAUAUUGAAGUCAAAUGCUUGCUCUCUCAGUGGUGUACAAAUCAAAGGCACGCCGAAGCAGAAGAAGCAGAAGCAGAACAACUCAGUAGCAUAUAACUAUGUGUCGAGUCCAGAUCUGAGGAAGGAAGUCUUAAAUGUGGCAUUUCUGAAAAGCUGCGCAGCACGCGAAGAGAGUGAAUCGGACACAUUAGGGGAGGAAAGGUGCAUUGAAAAGAUCGAGGUGCAUAUGGACUGGCCACACCAGAUUGUAAUUGAGAUAACAUGUCGCCCACAUCCCCACAUCCAGAGCCAAAUCAUGAAAGAGAUGGAGCGCCUGGAGAUGGAUGUGUCAAGCUGUAGCAUUACCAAGUUUCAUAACCACCUUGUUUGUGUUAUUAUUCUCAAGCCAAGAGUUGUGAAAGAACCCUCGAUCACUGGGGAUGAUGUAAUAGAAGGUCUGAAAAGCGCCAUCAUAUCCAAGGAUUCGUAGUUCAUCAAAAGGUGCAUCCUCGAAGGUAAUGGCCGAGAACCGCUCAUUCCUGUACAUGUUCAUAAUUGCAGCUCAAUCAUAAUCUUCGUGGAUAGAUGACAGCAAGAAGUCAGUUCGUAACAUAGACGUAACAUGCUAAAUGGAUGCACGAUCAUUUAAAUUCCGGUAUAGUUCUGAGCAAGCUGUUACACAUCAAAUAAAGAAACACGCGUGAGUCUUUUUCGAUUUGCAAUGCUGUUCGUUGAUCUAUGUUAA